AGCAAAUGUCGGCCAGAUAAGACAAUCGGAGAGCCACAAUUUUCAAAUCGCCCGAAAGAGUUGCUUGAUUAAAAAAAAUAGAACACUUCAGUGCUGUAUAUGAAGUUAAGAAAAAACGUACAAAAAUGUUUGUUGGUGUCUUGUGUAAAAGUGUCAUCGUUGUAUUAGGAUUUCUUCUAGUUUGUAAAGCCCAAGAGGAGUAUCCAUAUCCAAUUCAAACCAACUUACUAUAUAACAAAUUAGAUGCAGAAUACGGUAGCAUUCUACAGUGUUAUGACUGCAACUCAGAAUACGACCCUAGAUGCGGUGAUCCCUUCAACCCAUAUACAAUCGGCAUGAUCAACUGCACUGAUAGAAAUACUCCUGAACAUCUGCUAGAUCCAGAUGAUCCGGAAAAGAAGCUUAGACCAACUUUGUGUAGAAAAAUUGUCCAAAGAGUGGAAGGAAAAACAAGGGUGAUACGAGGCUGCGGAUACAUCAAAGAUUCCCACGACGACAAGCAAUGCUUCCGAAGAACGGGUACCAAGAACGUUGAAGUCAUCCAUUGCUCAUGCACCAAGUCCUUGUGCAAUGCUGCCAACACAACAAAACGUUCUUUAGAAAAUCUAGUCGGUUUAUUUUCCAUUUUAAUUAUGUAUAAUGCACUAUAUCGAAGGUUAUCAUUUUAAAAAUAUUUUGUUUUUGUUUUAGAUGAGAAUGUUGUUGUUUGGUUAAGGCGAUUUGAUAAAACGUUAUUGAGAUCAUUGUUUGACCCUUUCAGUUAGUUGAUAUUAUUUACGAAUUAGGCUAUAUUUUGUAUUUAUUUUUUUAUUAUUAAUGAAAGAUGAAACGGUUAAAAUGUUUACAAAGAGUUGCGUUGGUGGAAAUUUAAUUUACAACAGUUAUAUUACAUUCUGGGCCAAAAUUAACUUCCCAACUUAAAAAUGGUUAAUUUUUUAUGUCUCGUAUUUCCUAAACCUGUUGUCCGAUUUGAGUGAUUUUUUAAUAUGUUAUAGCCUUAUUCUUUAACAAUAUCGCUGUAAUAAUAUUGUUGCUAAACAGAUAAAUUUUCAAAAAUGAAUAACCAUUUUCAAUUUAAAUUCAAGAUAAAUUUUCAUUAAAUGGCGGGUGGAUCAAUCAAACUAUGUUUUUUCUCAAAGUUCGCAACACUACUAUGGAAUACUAGUGGAAUACUCUAGCUUUUAUAAAAUAUUGAAAUUAAAACCCAACUAUAGCCUCAAGUUAUAUUAGAUAACAUUCUGUUUUUUGAUUCAUUCGCUUAUGUUGGAUAAUACAAAAGUUAGGUACUUUACCAACUAGCCAUGUUCUUCAUUAGUACAGGGUUUCUCUAAAUAAGUGCGACAAACUUUAAGGGGUAAUUCUGCAUGAAAAAAUAAUGACCGUUUGCUUCAUAAACAUAUUGUCAGCAAAUGCUUCGUUUGCGAAUUUGAUAUACGGGAUGUUGAAUUUUUUCUUACAAACUAGCGAUUUAUUUAUUGCUCUAAAACCGGUUGAAAUAUGCAAAUUAAAUUUGGUAGGAUUUAAGAGAUAUUUAUUACGCAUUUUUUGACAUGCAAUUAAGAAUUUAAUAUUCUCCAUUGGCGUGCAUACGUGUCAUAUUACUAUUCGCUGCUAGUAUAAUUCAAUUGUGUUAUCUGCGUAUCACAAGGAUACUUAUUUUUCUGCAUCCUAUAGUGGUUCUUCCAUAUCGUAAUGUUAAAUUCUUGAAAUGAAAUCUAUGUAAAAAAUAAAAAAAAAAUGAAUAACCAUUUUCAAUUCUGUUACAAAACGAAAAUACAGCCGAAACCAUAUUCUAGUCCAAUCAGAGAGUGCAGCAAGCACCUCUACCGGUUUCGAAACUUAUUAGUCUCUCAUCAGGAGGCACAUAUGCUGCUCUCUCUGAUCCAACCAAAACAAACCCCAGCGUGCAGUCCCGGAUUGCAACGAACGAAAUGGCAUAGAUGCCCUAGCGGCAACUGCUACAAAAAAGGUAAUCGAAAUCUAUGUAAUUUGAACUAGCAAAAACAAUUUUUUUCAUCGCUAUUGUUAUUUGCAUCGAUCUCUAAAUUUUUAAAUUUUUCUAAAAACUAACAUUAAUUUGUAAACAAUAUAGCCGUUUUCCCUUUUAUUUAAUAUGGGUACCAGUUAACCACAAAUACUAUGAAAUUAUAAAUAUUUUUUAGUUGUUUCCUUAAUUUGGAAAAACUGGUAGGUAGAUAUUUGGUAAAAAUAUUAAUGAGCUUACAAGAUAAGGUACAGUGGAACCCCGAUAAGUCGGCCCCCGAUAACCCGGAACUCCGGCUAACCCGGACCGAUUUUUAUCAGACAAACAUUUCAACAAUAAAAAUGUAUUGCUGUUACAAAAUCUCGUGAACCUAAUUCAUUCAUUUGGUGACGUCAAUAUACGAACGAAACGAUUGAAUCAGACAUUACUGAAAAUAUCAGGUGCAGAUGGGACACUGUCGCGCAAUUCGCAGCAAAUAAAAUAGUCGUAUGUUUUGGGCUCAUUUUAUUUCGGUUAUGCAUACGCAUUUUCAAGGUUCACGAGGUUUUGUACCAACUCUAUGUAAUAUCAUAUUUGAGAGAUAAUGGGUAUUUGUGUAAUUUGAACUACAUAUACCAUAGUAAAAAUGACUCAUGGCACACCACAUUCAUUGUCGUGUUAUCGAAAAUAACAGGCACCUGUAUUAUCCUUUAUUUAUUUGAAACUGUCUUAGCAUUGUUUAGAAAAGACUAUUAAAAUUCUUUUUUUAACAAUGGUCUUAGUCAUCACUGUUAUUAAGUAACAUAACAUCAGAGACGGUAUUGUGUGUAGUAAAGUCGUAUUGUUCGCUUCCGUUCUGUAAUCGUUCGUAAAUCUAUUCAGAUUUUGUGUGCGUGUUUUUUGUCUAUAAGGGCAACAAAAAAAAAAUGUAGUGACAAUGGCAAAGAAACUAGAAGCAUUAAGUAGAAUUGAUAAAGGUGAUUUUGCAGCAUUAUAUGGUGUCGGUACAUCUACAGUAUCGGAUUGGGAGAAAAAUAGAACUAAAAUCGAAGAAUUUUUUUUCAAAAUGAUAACAAAAGACAGUUUGGACAAUCGGUGCAAAGCUAAUAAAGCUAAGAAUGAGACUCUUGACGACGCUUUGUAUGUGUGGUUUUGUGUGGAAUGCGAACGUGGUUUACCAGUGUCUGUGUGACAAUUAUAACGGAGUUUAUCUUUAAGCAUACCAUAUUUUAUUAAUUUUUACCAUUUUCUCCGGCUAACCCGGAUUUUCGAUAACCCGGAUCGGCCGCGGUCCCGAUUAAUCCGAGUUAACGGGGUUCCACUGUACCAGAAAAGUCUUUGGAACUUAAUCAACUGAGAAGAAUCUAUCUAAGCGAUUUCUGGGCAAAAAUCUUCCAUUUGAAAAUAACUAUGCUUGUCUUAAAAAAUUGUCUAUUGAAAGUGUCGGGAUUCGUUUUAAAGAUUUUUUUGGUAUCCUUACUUAAUUAUUGUUAAUAGUUUCCUUAGUUUAGUUUUGUUUCUUAAGUUUUACAUCUAUUAAAUAUAUUUUUAGCAACGGUAGUAUUAAAUACACGAACUAUAGUUUAGAAAACUAUUCUAAAAUCAAAAUUUUGCUAAGGAAUUCCAGCUAGUCGCAUACGUGAUAAUUAGUAAUCAAUUUUUGUAUUUUUUUAUAAUUCAUAAUUAAUCUAUAACAGUAUUAAGCUUUUCUUCUAAAUUUUUGUCCACCUAGUUGGAUACAUGAUCAAUAAUAUUAUUCAAAUAUUGAAAGAAGCCUAAAAGAAAUACUGUCCUCGUGCUGAAAACAAAAACAACAAAUUAAGCCACCCCACAAAACAUCUUCUAGCACUUUGACAAAACCAGGAUCAACAAAAAUGUUAAAACUUCUUUUUAUUUUUGUCUACUAUUUUCUCCUAGGUUAACAUUUGAUAUUUGAGGAAAUUGGUGUGAAAUAUUUAUCUAUUUUUAAAAAUAAAAAACUAUAUCUAAAGUACCUAUUUAGGCCAAAAUUUAGAAGAAAAUCUUAGUCAAUAUAAUAUCCUUACAUUUGCCCCCUCUUAAUAAUUUUUAAUAAUAUCUUGAACCAUUAAUUUGAGAUGAAGGAAAGGCAAAACAUAAAAAUCUAUGCUCCCUAAUUUUAAAUUGUUGCUCAUUUUUACAAUCAUAUCGCAUAAGCAAUAUAUUAAAAAUAAAUAUAUUAAUCAUAAGUAAAAAUAUUAUAAAUAUAGAAGAUAUAACAUUGGCAAUAAAUGAAAUCAUUACAUAUUUAGAAUGUACAUAUCUUUAUCAAUAAACAUUGGAUUUAUAUUUAUAUUAAUAAUACUUCAUGAAUGACAUAAAAAUUUGGGUUUUAUUAAAAAACCUACAAAACAUAUAAUUGUGUAAGAUGAAAAUGCAUUUUCAUCUUAGAUAGACCCGUUAAAGAUGAUCAGUUUAAAGACACUUAAAAGAAGAAUAUAAGUAAUACUUCACUCUUCACUACAACAGACACAGAUGUUUUUAAAGGAAUGUCUACAACAAGAAAAUAAAGUAAAUACAAAAAAAAUUAGAAAAAAUUUUAUGUAAAAUGUCAAGUUAAAAAUUUUAGAACUAAAUUAAAAAUGUUUUUAGGGAGCAUAAACGUAUUUGCCUUUUUAAUAAAAUUCUUCCACUUGUUUCACCUUUUUGUUUAAUUGUACAAAAUUGUAACUAAGUUACAAAUCCACUACAGCAUGUCCAAAAAUGCCCUUCGUAAUAGAAAACUGCUAGUUUUCUAUAUUGAAGUGGGUUUUUGGACACACCGCAUAAAUGAAUAAGCCUAUUUUGCAAAAAAUAAUAUUAAAAAAAAUUCUAAAUAUAUGUGUAAGGAAACGAUAAAUAAAUAAUUUGACAGAAUCACAUAUAGACAAAAAUAUUGUAAUAUUUUAUUUUUUAAUCAAAUCUCUCGAAGUUUUUGCCUUCUAGUCUGUAUAUUCAAGCAUUAAAACGUUUUUUGGUGACUUUUAGAGAAAAUAGAACGAUAAAAAAUACAGGAGUGAGAUUUAUGGCUUAUAUUUGCAUAUUUAAGAGUAUUUUGGAUAUUGGACAAACAGAAAAAAAACUGGUCUGCAGAUGUAAAUUAAAAAUAUAUUGCAAAGAACCAUAAUACAGACGCGUACUCAGUAUUAUUAAUAAAGAAAUAUAUUAAGAAAUAAAAUAUGUUUUGGCGAUAUGUAACAAAGUCUGCAACAAUGUGUAUAAAUAUGAAAUAUGCAAUAUUUUUGUCUGUAAGUAUCUGAUGAAGGCGGUUUACUUGAUCUUAAAAAUAAUUAAGUAUUUUCUAUGGGAAAUAAGCCACAAUUUUACUAAAAAAUGAAUUUAUUAACGUUUCGAAGCCCAAAUCGGGUUUCGUUGUCAAAAUACAAAAUACUAUUAAAAAUGAAUUUAUUAACGUUUCGAAGCCCAAAUCGGGUUUCGUUGUCAAAAUACAAAAUACUAUUGUGUAUUUAUUAUACAAUAGUAUUUUAUAUUUUGACAACGAAACCCGAUUUGGGCUUCGAAACGUUAAUAAAUUCAUUUUUUAGUAAAAUUGUGGCUUAUUUCCCAUAGAAAAUACUUAAUUAUAAAAAUGCCACAAGAAAAUAGCUUCAGAACAACCUUCAAAAUAAUAUCUAGCUGAGACUUUAAGAUAGUAUAUUAGAAACAUAUCGAUACUUUUUUUAGAAGCGUUUCUAAGAGUUUUGGAAUUGGGCAAGGUCACUACAUUUUGUAUAUUUUAAAAUUAAUUAUUAAAUAUAAUUAUUACAUUUUAAAUUUAGCGCGUAAGAUACGAUGAUAUUCAAUUUUAGUGAUUGAAAAUAGAGUAUACAGGGUGAAUCAAUAUUAAAUUCAGAAAAAUAUACACCAAACUACAAUAGUUUAUCUUAUCCACUACUAAGCUUUAAAUAACUGGAAAUGUAUAAUACAAGUUUAUUCUAUGAUUUAAAACCCUAGACUGACUUUUCCAUACAAAAUUUCAACAUCGAAUUUUUCAGAAGCAACUUUAGUUUUGAUUCGCCCUGUAUGCAACGCGUAAACACUGCCGAAUUUGGCCUCAAGUGCCACUGUAGUGAUUGCUUUGUUUGCGGUAUGUACUUUUAUUUUAAAACUAGAAUACAGUUUGUUGAAAACUCUCGUCGUUAUUCUAAAUAUGCUGUCAUAGGUAAACUAUACAAGCUCUAGAUCUAGUGAAGAAUGUAAAGAAAUUUUUUUGCCUUAAGCUGAUUUUUCUUUUGUUUAGUUGAUUGUUUGAAGUUUGACAUGAGGGUGUUCAACAUCUUCUAGGUAAACAAUGCUAAAAGUGGAUUGGUUUUUAAAUAAAAAGAGAAUGUGUGUGUACUUUGUACGCACGUAAGAAGUUAUACUUCUAUUAUUAUGAUUUCAACGAAAUUAAUAUACUUAACAGGUUA